AGACGAAAUAUGCCCUGCCCUCUCUUUCGAACUGCCUCGUCUCGUCGAAUUUGACCCCUUUCGCCUUCUUUCAUCGCACAAUGGCCACCGCGGUCGCCAAUGGCCACGCCACCCCCUCCGCCGAUGCGGCCAAACAACGGAGACAGAUCCACCACCACGGCGACGUCGUCAUUGUGGGCGCCGGGAUUCUCGGAUGCGCCCUCGCCGUGACACUGGGGAGACAAGGCCGGAGUGUGCUGCUGCUGGAGAACUCGUUAAAGGAGCCCGAUCGCAUCGUGGGCGAACUGCUGCAACCCGGUGGUGUCCAGGCCCUGGAGCAGCUGGGUCUCGCCGACUGUUUGGAGGAGAUCGACGCGAUCCCCGUGGAGGGGUACUACAUCACAUACCACGGCCAGCCGGUGGAGAUCCCGUACUCGCAGGCCUCGCCGACGACGCCGCCGCCCCGGGGCCGCUCCUUCCACCACGGCCGGUUCGUGAUGAAGCUGCGCGGCGCGGCGCUGGCGUGCCCCAACGUCACGGUGGUCGAGACCAAGGCCACGGAGCUGGUCACUUGCUCGCACACCAAGCAGGUUCUGGGUGUCGAGUGCGUGACCAAGGACGGCCAGGCGGACUGCUACUUCGGCCACCUCACCGUCGUGGCGGACGGCUACGCCUCCAAGUUCCGCAAGCAACACCACGCCCGCACCCCCGAGGUGCGCUCGCGCUUCUGGGGGCUGGAGCUGAUCGACCCCGUCAUGCCCAAACCCUACUACGGCCAUGUGCUGCUCAGCAACGACGCCCCGAUCCUCAUCUACCAGAUCGGCACCCACGAGACCCGCAUCCUGAUCGAUAUCCCCGAGAAUCUGCCCUCGGCCUCCGUCAAGAACGGCGGCGUCAAGGCCCACAUGCGCAACGUCGUCCUCCCUUCGUUGCCGGAAUCCGUUCGCCCUUCCUUCGAGGCUGCCCUCGAAAAGGGCCCGCUGCGCUCCAUGCCCAACUCCUAUCUGCCCAGUGCACGCAACCAGACCCCCGGGCUGGUCAUCCUGGGCGAUGCCCUCAACAUGCGUCACCCGCUGACCGGCGGUGGCAUGACCGUCGCGUUCAACGAUGUUGUCGUGCUGCGCGACCUGCUGAGCCCCGAGAAGGUGCCCAGCUUCAGCGACACCGAGAAGGUCAUCCGGCAGCUGUCCUCGUUCCACUGGCAGCGCAAGAACGGAUCCUCGGUCAUCAAUAUCCUUGCCAUGGCGUUGUACAGUCUUUUUGCUGCUGACGAUGAACACCUCCGCGCCCUCCAACGCGGCUGCUUCCGCUACUUCCAACUGGGCAUGACGUCCGGCCCCGUGGGCCUGCUGGCGGGCAUGACCAAGAAACCGGCCGUGCUGUUCGGCCACUUCUUCUCCGUGGCCUUCCUGUCGCUGUGGCUGCUGAUCGCCGAGUCACCGCUGUACAAACUGCCGCUGGUGCUGUGGCAAUGUGUCAUGGUGUUCUGGACGGCGUGCGUGGUGAUCUUCCCAUACAUGCUGAUCGAAGCUUUUUGCUGAUGUUGAUGUGGAUAUCCCCCUUUGCCUUUUUUGCCUCUUGUAUAAUAUUGACUUCGGUGUCAUUGAGUUAACUAUAUUAAUACCUUUUUUUUUUCGUUGUC